CGAAAAGGAAGGUCGAGUUGGAAUAUAUUCGACAUCGAGAUGGCCGCCAUGUGGAGACAGAGCUCGCGAAUCCUCUCCCGCAACGUCUCCAACUUCUCCUCUCCUUCAAUCACAUCAAUCACCACUCCACCAUCUACCCGACUCUUCUCCUUCACAGCCUUCAGAAUGGGUGUCACCAAGUCCAACACCUCCCCCGGCGACGGCGUCACCAAGGCCAAGGCCGGUGACAGCAUCACCAUGGAGUACACCGGUUACCUCCAGGACACCUCCAAGGACAACCAGAAGGGCAAGCAGUUCGACAGCUCCGUCGGACGCGGAGACUUCAACACCAAGAUCGGUGUCGGUCAGGUCAUCAAGGGCUGGGACGAGGGUGUCCUCACCGCUGACGGCGGCAUGACUCUCGGCGAGAAGACCACUCUCACCAUCACCGGCGACUACGCCUACGGUGCCCGCGGUUUCCCCGGCCUCAUCCCGCCGAACGCGACCUUGAUCUUCGACGUCACCCUCAAGGCCAUCAACGGCAAGAAGGCGUAGAUCAAUCCUAGAUAUCCACUCCGAAAAAAAAAAG